AAUCAAUAUUAUACUUCAAAAUAUAGUUUCCAGCUUGCAAAUCACAUUGACAAAGUUGAGCAACACAGGACUGAGAGGACAAGAGAUAAAGAGACCUGUUAUCACUGAAAACCUGUAACACAAGGUACAUUUUUCCCUUCAGGAGCCGCCCCUUUUUGGUCAUUGUUGUUAAAGUCAUAUUACUUAUUUUCUGUCAUCCAGGGCUGGAACGUAGUGCAUCCUUAUGGGUUCUGCAGCUCUCCUUCAACAGGAUCUCAACUCUACGACCAGGAGAACUUAGACAUCUUCGACAGCUAAAAGAGCUCCACCUAAAACAUAACCUCAUCACGAAUCUCCAUCCACAGAUGUUCCAGGAUUUAGCCCAGCUCAGAGUCCUUGAUCUGAGCUUCAACAUGUUGACCAACCUCCAUGCUUCUAUGUACCUCUCCCUGCAUAACAUUGGGUCAGAUGUUAGGCUGGAUGGGAACAGGUGGCAGUGUGACUGCAGCAUGCGCAGUCUAAGAAGGCGUAUGGCCUAUGACAGCAACAGAGGCCUGCAGACCUGGGGCGUGGUGUGUGCUUUCCCAUCUGUCCACUCAGGCAAGGACCUGCUACAGUUGGAGGAGGAUGACCUAAACUGUUUUGGUACUGAAAACAGUCCAGAGCUCCAUCGAGAUGUGACGGUCUACAGCGGCUCUGAGAUACUUCUGUCUUGCUCUAAACAAGAUUCCUCGUGGUUGAAGCCCAGUGGUCAAGAAUCUGUGAGCGGACCGCAGGCUUCUCUUCUCAUCGGUGACGUCAAUGACAAAGACACAGGACUAUAUGUGUGUAUGACUGAAGACCAUGAGGUUGUUUCUGUUUUUAACCUUCAAAUCAGUAGAGUAGAACAUGCAAGAAGAAAAACAAGAAGUUUGCCCAGAAAUAGCCGACAAGUUAUCCCCCAAAUCCCCACAAACAGGAUAGGUCAAGAAAGGAAUCAGAGGACUACACAGUCUGACCUGGCUCUGGCAGUGUGUCUGUCGGUUUUCAUAACGUUUCUGAUAGCCUUUAUCCUUGGGGUCUUAGCAAGACCUUUUAUUGAUGUUCUUUGCAAAAAGGUCACUAACAAGAGAAGCUCAUCUGCAACCAACUCUGUCUCAUCUGCAGAACAAAGACAAUAUGAGAAUGAAGCCUACUCCGAAAGUGAGGAACCAGAAGAGAUCGUAACUCACAGAGAAAGGAGAGUCACAUUUAGGACCGUCAAUAUUGGAGAAGAUAUUAAUGUAGAAUAUUAUGAUACCGUAGCCAGUGGUAAUCAGCAAAGCGUAGAAGCAGCAAAGACUGAGGAGGAUGAGCACACAGCUGGAGAAUCAGGAAGUGAAAACGGAUCACGACAGGUAAAUCCAGAAAAUAACCAGCGAGAUGCAAGAGACAUCUCAGGCACCACUAAUACAAGACGAAAACACAAAGUGCAGUUUGACAACAUCCCAGACUCUGAAAAGCUAGAGGAGAGAAGUUUGUCUUCAUGCUCAGAUUCUUCACUAUCUGACCGAGAGUUAAAAAAGGAUCGAAUGAACAAGAGAGACCACACAUCACCCAAGUCUCUGCAGCGGGAAGAAGACUCUGUACAGCAGGGAGCUGAUUCCUCAACUUCUGAAAUAGUAGAAGUGGAAGAAUUAUCCAUUGAGAGGACAAGGGAAAUGUCUGAAUUCUCUUCUGUGCCCUUUGCAGAUUGGUCACCACGUGUGGAUGAUAUCAGACCUUCAGACUCUGGUUUGUGGCAGGAGAAUGAAGAACAAUUUGAGUUUAGUGAUUCAGCUGGAAGCAACUCAGUGAGGUCCAGCAGUUUGUUUGGUUCUUUUAAUGAUUCUAAACGUAAAGUUCUGCCCACUUCAGACAUCCAAAGCAGGGAUGAUGUGUCAAGCUGCAGCUCAUCUCUCAGUGCGGAUGAGCCUACGCAAUACACUGUGAAUCCAGACCAGGAGGAAGAAGAUGCAGAAAACAACCCCUAUAAAUCUGACUUCACAAACACUAAGCAGGAUGCUAGUUUUCAACAACAGAUCUCUGGUGUGGAUACAAGCAGGCCUCCGGCGGGAUUUAAUCAGGGUAAUUACCCACUUGACACACUAAGGCCUACAGAGAGACCAGAGCAAACCUCUUCCUCUCAAUCCAGCGACAGUGAGCAAAGGAUAGUUGCAGGGGAGAAAGAUACAAGAAAGAAAAUUAAAGCCACGCCACGGCCAAGGUGGCGUGGGGUCAGUUUGGGUGUUAGAGAGAUGCACAUGACAAUUGUUCAGUUUCAAGAAACUCAAACACCAAGUCGUGAUUCAGACGCACAUUGGCCUGCCCUAGAUCUUGAGAAUACAAUACGGAUUAAGAGGCGUCUAGACAUCAGAGCGCCAUCACCAUCUCCGGAUUCGUCCUCUAGUAGUGACAGUGAGGAUGAAACAACAGGUCAAAAAGAGAAGAAGAGACCACAGAAGUUUGACCAUUCAGGGCUUCUUUUGAAAAAAUCUCAAACCAUAAAUCUUGAUCCAGAUGCAAGAUGGCCUGCCCUAGAUCUUGAAGAUAUUCCUAGGAUCAAGAGACGUCUGGAUGUCAAAGCACCAUCACCCCCUCCUGAUUCAUCUUCUAGUAGUGUAAGUGAUAAUGAAACAAAAGGUCACAGAGAGAAGAAGAGACCACAGAAGGUUCACCAUUCAGGGCUUCUUUUGAAAAAAUCUCAAACAGCAAAUCAUGGUCCAGAUGCAAAGUGGCCUGCCGUAGAUCUUGAAAAUAUCCCUACCAUCAAGAGGCGUCUGGAUAUUGAUGGUGACACAAAAUAUCCCACAGAGAGUCCAGGGAAGGUGGAUAUUAUAAAUCUUCCAUUGAGAAAAUCUCAAACAUUAGGUCAUAAUAUUCAUACAAGGUGGCCUGCCCUAGAUCUUGAAAAUAUCCCUACCAUCAAGAGGCGUCUGGAUAUUGAUGGUGACACAAAAUAUCACACAGACAGUCCAGGGAAGGUGGAUAUUUUAAAUCUUCCAUUGAGAAAAUCUCAAACAUUGGGUCAUAAUAUUCAUACAGGGUGGCCUGCAAUAGAUCUUGAAAAUAUCCCUACCAUCAAGAGGCGUCUUGAUGUCAAAGCACCAUCACCCCCUCCUGCUUCAUCUUCUAGUGGUGAAAAUGAUGAUGAAAGAACAGGUCACACCGAGAAGAAGAGAUCACUGAAGGUUCACCAUUCAGGGGUUCUUUUAAAAGAAUCUCAAACAGCAAAUCGUGAUCUAGAUGCAAGGUGGCCUGCCCUAGAUCUUGAAAAUAUCCCUACCAUCAAGAGGCGUCUAGAUAUUAAAGCACCAUCACCUCCUCCUGAUUCAUCUUCUAGUAGUGACAGUGAUGAUGAAACGAUACAUGCUGCAGAGAGGCCUGGGAAGGUGGGCAAUGCAACGCUUCCAUUGCAAAAAUUUCCAACAGCAACUCAUGAUUCAGCUGCAAGGUGGCCUGCCAUAGAUCUUGAACAUAUUCCUAUCAUCAAGAGACGUCUGGAUAUUAAAGCCCCAUCACCCCGUCCUGAUUCAUCUUCUAGUAGUGACAGUAAAGAUGAAACAACACAUCUUACAAAGAGACCAGGGAAGGUGGACAUUAGUCAAAUUAAGAAACAAGACUCAGGUUCAUCUUCUACUAGUGACAGUGAGGAUGAAACAACAGGUCACAUCGAGAAGAAGAGAUCACUGAAGGUUCACCAGUCAGGGCUUCUUUUGAAAGAAUCUCAAACAGCAAACCGUGAUCUAGAUGCAAGGUGGCCUGCCCUAGAUCUUGAAAAUAUCCCUACCAUCAAGAGGCGUCUGGAUGUCAAAGCACCAUCACCCCGUCCUGAUUCAUCUUCUAGUAGUGACAGUGAGGAUGAAUCAACAGGUCAAACAGAGAAGACGGUACCACAGAAGGUUCACCAUUCAGGGCUUCUUUUGAAAGAAUCUCAAACAGCAAACCGUGAUCUAGAUGAAAGGUGGCCUGCCCUAGAUCUUGAAAAUAUCCCUACCAUCAAGAGGCGUCUAGAUAUUAAAGCACCAUCAACCCGUCCUGAUUCAUCUUCUAGUAGUGACAGUGAUGAUGAAACGAUACAUGCUGCAGAGAGGCCUGGGAAGGUGGGCAAUGCAACGCUUCCAUUGCAAAAAUUUCCAACAGCAACUCAUGAUUCAGCUGCAAGGUGGCCUGCCAUAGAUCUUGGACAUAUUCCUAUCAUCAAGAGACGUCUGGAUAUUAAAGCACCAUCACCCCGUCCUGAUUCAUCUUCUAGUAGUUACAGUAAAGAUGAAACAACACAUCUUACAAAGAGACGAGGGAAGGUGGACAUUAGUCAAAUUAAGAAACAAGACUCAGGUUCAUCUUCUAGUAGUGACAGUUUGGAUGAAACAACAGGUCACAUAGAGAAGAACAGAUCACUGAAGGUUCACAAUUCAGGGCUUCUUUUGAAAGAAUCUCAAACAGCAAACCGUGAUCUAGAUGCAAGGUGGCCUGCCCUAGAUCUUGAAAAUAUCCCUACCAUCAAGAGGCGUCUGGAUGUCAAAGCACCAUCACCCCGUCCUGAUUCAUCUUCUAGUAGUGACAGUGAGGAUGAAUCAACAGGUCAAACAGAGAAGACGGUACCACAGAAGGUUCACCAUGCAGGGCUUCUUUUGAAAGAAUCUCAAACAGCAAACCGUGAUCUAGAUGCAAGGUGGCCUGCCCUAGAUCUUGAAAAUAUCCCUACCAUCAAGAGGCGUCUAGAUAUUAAAGCACCAUCAACCCAUCCUGAUUCAUCUUCUAGUAGUGACAGUGAUGAUGAAACGAUACAUGCUGCAGAGAGGCCUGGGAAGGUGGGCAAUGCAACGCUUCCAAUGCAAAAAUUUCCAACAGCAAUUCAUGAUCCAGAUGCAAAGUGGCCUGCACUAGAUCUUGAACAUAUCCCUACCAUCAAGAGGCGUCUGGAUGUCAAAGCACCAUCACCCCGUCCUGAUUCAUCUUCUAGUAGUGACAGGGAAGAUGAAACAACACAUCUUACAAAGAGACCAGGGAAGGUGGACAUUAGUCAAAUUAAGAAACAAGACUUGAGUUCUUCUUCUAGUAGUGAAAAUGAUGAUGAAGCAACAGGUCAAACCGAGAAGAAGAGAUCACUGAAGGUUCACCAUUCAGGGCUUCUUUUGAAAGAAUCUCAAACAGCAAACCGUGAUCUAGAUGCAAAGUGGCCUGCGCUAGAUCUUGAAAAUAUCCCUACCAUCAAGAGGCGUCUGGAUGUCAAAGCACCAUCACCCCGUCCUGAUUCAUCUUCUAGUAGUGACAGUGAGGAUGAAUCAACAGGUCAAACAGAGAAGACGGUACCACAGAAGGUUCACCAUGCAGGGCUUCUUUUGAAAGAAUCUCAAACAGCAAACCGUGAUCUAGAUGCAAAGUGGCCUGCCCUAGAUCUUGAAAAUAUUCCUACCAUCAAGAGGCGUCUGGAUAUUAAAGCAGCAUCUCCUCCUCCUGAUUCAUCUUCAAGUAGUGACAGUGAUGAUAAAACAAAACAUCACACAGACAGUCCAGGGAAGGUGGAUUUUGUAAAUCUUCCAUUGAGAAAAUCUCAAACAUUAGGUCAUAAUAUUCAUACAGGGUGGCCUGCCCUAGAUCUUGAAAAUAUCCCUACCAUCAAGAAACAUUUGGAUGUCAAAGCACCAUCACCCCGUCCUGAUUCAUCUUCUAGUAGUGACAGUGAGGAUGAAACAACAGGUCACAUAGAGAAGACGGUACCACAGAAGGUUUACCAUUCAGGGAUUCUUUUGAAAGAAUCUCAAACAGCAAAUCAUGGUCCAGAUGCAAGGUGGCCUGCCCUAGAUCUCGAAAAUAUUUCUACCAUCAAGAGGCGUCUGGAUAUUAAAGCACCAUCACCCCCUCCUGAUUCAUCUUCUAGUAGUGAAAGUGAUGAUGAAAGAACACGUCACACCGAGAAGAAGAGAUCACUGAAGGUUCACCAUUCAGGGCUUCUUUUAAAAGAAUCUCAAACAGCAAAUUGUGAUCUAGAUGCAAGGUGGCCUGCCCUAGAUCUUGAAAAUAUCCCUACCAUUAAGAGGUGUCUAGAUAUUAAAGCACCAUCACCUCCUCCUGAUUCAUCUUCUAGUAGUGACAGUGAUGAUGAAGCAACACAUGCUGCAGAGAGGCCUGGGAAGGUGGGCAAUGCAACGCUUCCAUUGCAAAAAAUUCCAACAGCAACUCAUGAUUCAGCUGCAAGGUGGCCUGCCCUAGAUCUUGAACAUAUUCCUACCAUCAAGAGGCGUCUUGAUGUCAAGGCACCGUCACCCCCUCCUGAUUCAUCUUCUAGUAGAGACAGUAAAGAUGAAACAACACAUCUUACAAAGAGACCAGGGAAGGUGGACAUUAGUCAAAUUAAGAAACAAGACUCAGGUUCAUCUUCUAGUAGUGAAAAUGAUGAUGAAACAACAGGUCACAUCGAGAAGAAGAGAUCACUGAAGGUUCACCAUUCAGGGCUUCUUUUGAAAGAAUCUCAAACAGCAAACCGUGAUCUAGAUGCAAAGUGGCCUGCCCUAGAUCUUGAAAAUAUUACUACCAUCAAGAGGCGUCUGGAUAUUAAAGCACCAUCAACCCGUCCUGAUUCAUCUUCUAGCAGUGACAGUGAUGAUGAAACAAUACAUGCUGCAGAGAGGCCUGGGAAGGUGGGCAAUGCUGCGCCUCCAUUGCAAAAAAUUCCAACAGCAACUUAUGAUCCAGCUGCAAGGUGGCCUGCACUAGAUCUUGAAUAUAUUCCUACCAUCAAGAGGCGUCUAGAUGUCAAAGCACCAUCACCCCCUCCUGAUUCAUCUUCUAGAAGUGACAGUAAAGAUGAAACAACACAUCUUACAAAGAGACGAGGGAAGGUGGACAUUAGUCUAAUUAAGAAACAAGACUCAGGUUCAUCUUCUAGUAGUGAAAGUGAGGAAGAUAUAACACAUCAUAAAGCGAUGCCAGCGAAGGUUGACAUUUUUCUGAUAAAGGAAAAUGAACAGGGCAAGGUCAAUCUUUCAACUUUUCCAUUGCACGAAUCUAAAACAGAAAGUUAUGAUCCACUGGGGUCUGCUUUAAAUCUUGACCAUGUUACUCGAAUAAAGAGACGUUUGGACAUCAAAGCCCCAUCAUCACCUCCUAAAUCGUUAAGUGUUGAGAGUAAAGGGGAAGGAAAGAUAAAGGAAGCCAACAAAAUCGGUCCCAAUUACUCAUCAAGCAGCUCAGUUGAGCAAGGCAAGUAUAUAGAAUAUAUAAGCAACCCAUCAAUGACAAUAAAACCAGAUCCAAGAUGGCCUGAACUAGGACCUCACAGCGCUCCUCGUAUCAAAAGGCAUCUAGAUAUCAAGACACACUCACCUUCAACUGAGUCAUCUUCCAGCAGUGACAAGAGUGACAAUGAAAGUACAUACCUACCUGUUAAAGUGGAGGGAGACAGAACUGUUGUGGGGAUUACAAAUUAUCAACCAGGGUCACAAUUUCCGGACUCCAGCUUUUCAAGCAAUGCUAAUGGAACACUUUCAAAUCACACUUUGAAACAUGAGACGGACAAAGAUUGUGACAAGAUCACAACUCAAGAGCAACAAAAAGCGAUGCAUAACAUUAAUCUGGGUAUCCCCAAGACGAGAAGACGUCUGGAUAUUAAAGCCCCAUCACCACAACCAGAUUUCGUACUUGACAGUACAUCUGCAGAUGUUGGACGGUCUGAAUCAAACUCUUCCACAAGUGAGAGUGAGGAUGAGAACAGUGGCAACAAGUUUAAAUGGUCACCUAAAAGCCCACUGAUAAACAUUCCUCCCAAACCAAAGACAGACCACACUAUCAAAUUAGAAAAGUAUACAGUUAUUACAGAUGACCUGAGGGACCAACCAACAAAUGACAACAUCAGCCCAACACCAGAGAUAAACCCAGAGCUCCAGUCAAGGUGGAACAACAUGAAUCUUGGCGUCUCCCGCUUCAGAAAGCGUCUUGAUAUCACAUCACGUACAAAUGUACCACCAAACCUGCCGACGACACCUUUACCUGACUCGCCCUCCUCUUAUAUGGGUGAAAGUGGGACUGGAAAUCAAACUAGCAGAACUAGAUUAAAAAAGAACUUAGUAAAGGUUACUGAGGAAAAGUCCAACCAAGAUAUCCUGCUGACAGGUUUUGGCACUCCACGUGUUAGAGGUUACUUGGACACAAAGGUCCCUGAAAAGGCUCAUGGUACUUCACCCUUACAUCAGUCGGAUUCCGUAUCCAGCAGUGAGAGUGAGGGUAUCUCAACAGAAUACACAGAUUACACGUGGAGGGGAACCUCUCAGCUGAGGGUUGUCCCAGACGUGGCAGCUCCCACGAAUCACACCUCUUUACUUGUGACCCAUGCUGCUGAUGAGUCACACAGUGGAACUCAGGUGGAGAGGAAGGCUGGGGUAGAGCUCAAAGGCCAAGCAUCAGAAGAGGGGGACGGGUCUGCCUCAAUGUGGCCUCAUCUGAGUCUCACAAAUAUCCCUAAAGUCAAAAGGGCGUUGGACAUCAGAGCUCCGCUGCAAAGAGAAUCGUUUCCCAGCUGUAACAGUGAGGAUGAGACAGACCACACUGUUCCUGAACUGAAACCUGGUGUAGCACGCAUUAACAGGCGUCUGAAUAUCAAGGCACCAUCACCAGAGCCAAAUACUUCCUCGUCCUCAAGCAGCGAGAGCGACAAUGAAGUGACAGGAUACUCUGCAAAGCAAAGCAUACGUUCCUCUAAUAUGUCAGCAAUGACAGACGUUGAUUACUCUCAGAUUGCUUAUAAACGUUCAAUUAUCAAAGCUCCAAGGCAACGCGAUUCUUUCUCUUCCAGUGGCAGAAGUAACACUUCAGACCAUCCUGUUGCACAAGCAGGUCUAUCCCAUAGAGUGGGAGACCGAAGUGCAUCUCUAUUCCCAUGGAGAGUUUCCAGUAUGGAAGAGCAGAGCAGCUUGGACGUGUCACCCGAGAUAAGGUGGAUGGGCAUCGGUCGAAAUCUACCAGACUUUUCCAGUUUGAGUACACGUUUGGAUUUAGGGGUACCUCCUCCACAGCGGGCUCCUCCUGCAGAGCCAGAACUCACCCCACCUGACUCCUCCAACUCCUCUGAUAAAAUAAAACACGACAGAGUGAAAGCAUACGAGUCUCUGAUGCACAGAUUUUCAUAUCCUACUGCCAGUAGGGGUUCGGUUGCAUCCAGCAGAUCUCUGGACAAACUUGACAACACAAGCAGAAGCAAAAAUGAGAUUUUUAGGGCUCUGUCCGAGGAUAGGAAGGAAAAGAAAGGCCUUGGUGCUUUAAAAGCUAUCUCAUCAAAAAGACUCCAGUGGGACACAGACGAUAAAGAUAAAGAUGCUGUUUAGAUGAUCUCCUCCUAAGUAGAAAUGUGGUUCACAAGGAUACACCAGUUUUAAGGGUUUGCAAGGACAUCAAACCUGUGGCCAAACUGACAAAUACACUGUUCCGCUAUUCAGUUGAAAAAACUGCUUCAGGCUACUUUAUGUUAUUCGCUGCUACAGAAGGGAGUCUGAUUUUGUUGUCACAUUACAAAACCUGAUACUCCAUUUUGACUUCCCAAACAUAAAGAUAUGGGAUGUUAAACACAGAGCUUACCACUUAAACAAAGAAAUUAUUGUCAAUGUUGUUUUGUCUUGGAUUAGAUUAUGAAUUGAGCUUGAAAUUAUAUGUAACAACUAAAAAAGCUGUGUGGAGUAGUUGUCGAGCACAGUGUUUGAGAAGCAGGUUUAUUCUUUUCUGUUCAUGUUCUUGUUAAUCACAUUUUUAAACCACGUUGUAUCUGUAAUCCAUUUUGCAAUGAAUCCAUAUAAUCAUAACGUGCAUGCAUGUAUUGUUAAUACACCUCAAUCAAACCAUGUCUCACUUUGUGAGGUUAAGUGUUCAUUUGUAGAAUUAGGCUCAUCUAAAUAGCAUCAACAGUAAUGGCAGAAUAAAGUACAUAUUGUUAUUGGUUAACUAUUGACAGAAGAGCCAGUAAGUUAAUAAACCAUUUUAUUUAUGUAUAUAGAGAUAGGUUAUAGUGAAAACAGACAUAUAGACACUUACAUAGUUUACAUACAUAUAUACAGUUGGGACAAGGCAGUUCAUCUUCCUGCAUUGUCAUGGGAGAAAACUCUGGUAACAACUACCUUGAUCUUAGACGUAUGCUGAUGAUUGAUGUAUUGUCAUGACAAUAAAAGGCUUUCAUAUA